UAUUGCCGUCGUAUUGAGAAAAUCUCUCGCAAUCUUUAAUUUAACGUUGCUUCUCAUCAUGUAAAUCAAGUUSGCGCUCUUAUUAAUUUAUCAGUUUUUCUUCUCUUGUUGCCGUAGCUUCUUGAUUUUAGGUAGCUUAGCUCACGUGUAUGGUUUAUAACGGCAAGUUGCUCGCUGCGCUACAAACAUUUCACGCCGAAUUGCCWUCAAAGUUUUGUCUCGAUAAACACUUAUAAAACUGCUGGAUAGUUUAUUUUUUUCGCUAAUGCACUACAGAUCCUCAUGAGCUGUAGGACGURUUUUAUUAAUUAUCUUAAUGCAUUUUCUUGAGCUCAUCGAAAACCUUCCGUUGUGUAAUAAUACAUCCAUCACUAAGCCUUUCCUCUUUCUAUGGGGUGACUUGUCUGGAAGUUUUAGCUCAGUUGGAAAACUAAAACUGAACUUAUUGACUCAAAAAAACUCGCGAGUAUUCUAUCCAUAAAUUUCUAGGUUUACUUCCUUGCUUUUUUUUUUACAAAAAGCGCGAAUUKUUAAUAAUUUAUACAAGUUAAAGUAUUGUUAGUAUAUCCCUAGAGAUCGUUAACAUGCUUCAUAAAAAAGGAAUAGAGAGGCGAAAAGUAAUAUUGAUCUCUAAAGAGUCGAGUAAAGUCGAUUGAAUUUUCAAUGAUCUUAUUGCUUUCCAAAAAUAAACUCACUUUAAUGAGAAAACGUAUUAACUUGAACAUGACAUUUUUAAAUGACAAAAUGAUGAAAACUUUUUGAAUUAGUGACCGGAUGUUGAUAUAUAACAAAAUCAAUAAAAAAAACUUUACUCCUGACAGAAAUAUGCGCGAUAGUUAUCGUUAAUGAUAUAUACUGAUAUUUAAACUAGUUUAUCGAAGCAGUAAACAUUGUCGAGAAUCUAUUAGACCAAUGGGCGAUCAGUGAAUUCAUCCUUUGUUCACAAUACAGCUGACGUAAACAACAUUUCAAUCUCAUACAAGGAGAGUCUCUCCAUWUGAAAUGAGCGCAAAGGAUUGAAUUGCACCUGCUGCAAAUCCAUGGACAUUAGUUUUAUGACAUCUUUUAAGCAUGACAGCCCGAUGCUAUUUUUGGAUCGUCUUCACUAAAUGCAUCUACACCAUAUCAAMCUCUUUAACAAGCCCAGAACCUGAAUCCGAAAUGAAUCCAGAAUCCAAAACACAACCAGGCAAUGGUCUUCCAGAGCCAGUCCCUGAUUGGCCUAGCGCAUUUCAAGAAUGGAAGUGGGCGUGGCCUUUACACGUGUAUUUGUUUGGUGUUCUAUAUCUUGUGGUUGCUAUUAUAGCGUGUAUCCAUCUUGUCAUCGAGCUUGUAGCACGCAAGUUCUCAUUCAACAGGCUCAAGGUAUCGUUUUUUACUCAGAUGUCGAUAUUUGGGAUAAUUCGUGCUGUAUUGUUAUUCGUAGACCCUUAUAUAUCAAACMGACUGUCCAAUGGACUACCAACGUUCGUAGUGUGGUCGCUUGGRAUGCCUCUUAUUUUAUCAACAUUUACACUUCUCUUGUUCGCUUUGGUCGAUACGACACGAAUAAAUCUCACGCCGCCGCGUUUUCAAAACCUCCUCGUCGUUUCGGGAAUAUCUGUGGCUAAUUUAAGCCUGGUGUUGAUGAUUGACAUCAUUGUUAUCUACCAAUCAAAUGCCGGUAUUAUGGUUUUCCUCUGUCAAAUCUACCUCUCAUCRUUCGGUCUCCUUCUUUGUKUGGGSUUCCUGUUUGUCGCACAUAAACUCUCCCAUAACGCCAACGCGUUGCCAAGACAUAAGAUUAGGCGCCUGCAGUACCUCAUCUACACAUCAGCGGCUAUUGGAUUAAGUUUGGUUUGYAGUGARGUAUAUUCUGCAACCCAAGUAUUCGGGGUACUAAAUGAGACWAGAGACAUUCCACCAUGGMCAUGGCUUGGCUUGCAGACAUGUGCUCGURUCAUUGAAAUGACCAUGUGUGGGGUUAUACUAUUGGCUUUUAAGAGAACAAAAUCAAGUGUCAAUCCUGAGGAUUGCCCAGAUUCUACUGCGUAGGGACUGGGAAUUAGUUUACCCAUCACUAUCUUGAGUGACUGGGUUACUGAAUACAAUAACAACACCACAAGUUUGACAAAAUCGAGGAUACAAUCACAAUGUUACAUAUGAGAAAAUAAGACACGUAAUGCAAGAAGCAUUACAGAUGAUAAGAAUUAAUUAAAAGCAUCGCUGGUUUCCAACGAAGGCUUAGGCAAGAGAUCAAGGGCGGAUAAGAGCUUCCAAAAUUUGCCUUCACACCUCAUGCAGAGAGAAAUAAUUUUUUUUACAAAAUAUAAAUGUUUUGAAGUAUAGUGAUAAAAUACGAUAAGGAGAAUGGAUUGACGGCAGCCAAUCACAGUCAAAUAAGUAUAACAAGAAGUCUCACUAUUUAUUCUUAUGUAUAGGAUAAAUGUUACAUGUAACAGACAUUUAGAAAGAAGAAGAAAAAAAGAAAAAAGAAGAAUAGAAAUAAAUAAAAGAAAAGAAAAAGAAAAGACGACCGCAUUAGGACUUGAACCCUUGACAAACAAAUCGAAAAAGAUUGGGACGAUUCCCCCGAGACAUUCUGUGAAGCUGAGGCGUCGAAUCGABUUACAWUACGGUUAGAGAUUUCGGCUCUUCCAUGCUAUCCCGACAAUUGGUCCUAACUU